AUGCCGGAAGAAAAGAAAAAAGCCAGCGAGCUAUACAUGGAAAAGGAACUGCUCCUACCGUAUACACAUAUUCUAAAAGUGCAAGGCAAGAAGUUACGAGACAAGAUUCCGGUUGCAUUUAACCAUUGGUUUAAGCUACCCAAAGAUACUCUGGACAAAAUAAUGGAUGUCAUGGGAAUGGUCUACAAUGGCACGCUUUUAAUUGAUGAUAUACAAGAUAAUACGUCGAUACGACGUGGAUUGCCAUCAGCACACUGCAUCUAUGGAAUUCCGCUGACUGUCAACACUUCUCUCCACGUUAUAACUUUAUUGCUGCAGAAACUACAAAAACUGGGUAAUCCAGAGGUUAUUACAUCCGUUUUAAAAGAUUUCCUAGAAAUUAUCCGCGGCCAAGGCACUGAGCUGAUUUGGAGGGAAAAUUUUAUUUGCCCAACCGAGGAACAAUACAACCAAAUGAACAGGCAAAAAACGGGCUACAUGUUUUUGAUGUCAGUUCAUAUGAUGCAAAUAUUCAGCGAAAAUAAAACAUAUUUUGACGACUUCGUAUUGAACAUGGGACUGUAUUUCCAGCUUAGAGAUGAUUACUGCAACCUUAUUAAGCAAGUGGAGCUGGAGGAAUACCCCGAUGCAGCGUACAGUGAGAAAGGAAUAAAUUUGGAUAUUUUCUGUGAAGACCUGACCGAGGGAAAGUUCACUUUACCAAUAAUACACGCCGCCCAGACAUCACAGGGCGAUGCAGUGCUCAAUAUCCUUCGGCAACGCACAACCGACGUUGCGCUAAAAAAAUUCUGCGUAUCGGAAUUAGAACGACUGGGCAGUUUGGAGUAUACGCGUGGGAAACUUAUUCAUUUAGACAAAUACAUUAGGGACGAGAUAAAACGUUUGGGUGACAAUCCAGGCCUAACGGCAGCUAUGGACGAGUUGCUGUCUUGGAAGUAA